UAGUAUUUAAUGUAUUUUUGUUGUCACGUGGCCUGUCAGGCACUAUCUCGUGUGGAUUUUUUGUCUUAUUUUGAAAUCCUUCACCGGAAACCCUCUCUGCCACACUUCGUGUCGUUCACGGCGGUUUCAGUCACAUGGUGCUGCCUUAGCGGAGAGCUGAUGGAGCCAGAUGAGAGAGGCAGGAGGAGGCGAGCCCCUCCGGUUGCGCGUCAGCAUCCCCUCAAAUAGGAAUCCGCCGCUGUCACUUCUCGUGCUCCACAUACAGAGAGACGGACGGCUGUGGCCCCGAAACAGCAACUACAAAAAAAAGAGAAAAAAAAGAAGAAAGAAUAGGCGAUCACCACCUGGCGUACAGCUGUUUUUUUUUUUCUUUUUCCGUGUGAUGUCAAAGAAGAAGAGUAAGGUGAGGCUGUGAGGAGGUGCUGGAAGCUCGGCAAAGAAUGAUAGUGAGGAUCGAGGCGCGCUGUCCCAGGAGAAGUCAUCUGAAGAGCUGGCCCCGAGAGACCGGGAUGCUCCUCUAACGCACCGGCGGGGCGAGUUUUCCUGAGCAGACGGUCUGUGUGGCAGAGUUCGAGCUCGAAGUGGAAGUGAGUGAGUAAGCGAGAGGGAGUGGGUGUCAUGGAUGACGGAGCAAAUGUCGAGGACCCGACCUAUCAGAACUUGCUGCUCCUGGGAGCCAUCGCAGCAGCGUCCGCCUUCGUGGUCACCAUCCUGAUCGUCCUCGUCUGCGUCGGCUGCCAAAGAAAAAGCAAGAGCAAGCACCCCCCAGCCGGAGAGAAAGGGACGUCUGUAAAUAUGCAGGGCACCCUUCGACAUCCUAAACUGAACUCCAUGAGCAAAUCUGACACCAAGCUGCAUGAGAUCAAUCGCUUCCCCUGCAAUGGAAACUCUGUUAGCAAGAGCCGUCCAGCCAGCAUGGACCUCCUGCUCCUCCACAGUCGGCGCUCCCAGACAGACCUGAGGCCCUCCCAUGGGCGCCAGCUACCCCAGAUCCCCACCAGUCCCCAAGGAUCUGGCCAAGGGGGAGGAGGGGAAGCAGGAGGAGAUGGGGGAGGAGGCGUUGGCGGAGGAGGAGGAGGGGGAGGAGGGGGUGGGGGAGGAGGAGGGGAGGCUAGAGACCACACCUACACAGAGGUGGGCAUACGGAACAACCCCACCCCGACCCACUGCCUGGACGACGGGCUGUAUGAAAGCGUAGGUGUCCGCGAAGGUGACGCAGGCCCCAAGGUUCCCUCCGCCCCUCCGCCAACGUCACAGAACACUCCGGCUACAAUCAGAGCGGCCCAAAGCCCCCCAGCCCAGGCCAGCGGGGAUCGCAACGGGAACGGAAAUGGUAGCAGAGGGAACGGCGCCAUUAACGGGCCGAUAACAGGAAGAGGUAAUGGUGCGGGUGGGGUCAACAGGUCCCCUCUGUCUUCUGUCAACUCCCUGGCCAUCCAAGAUCCAACUGCAGCUGAGUAUGCUUCCAUACGGAAGUUCAGAAAGGUCGACAAGACAAACAGGAAGGAAAAUAACGGGGCCGACAGCCAGUCAGACAGCCAGUCGAGUGUGAGUGAUUCACCCUCCACGGCUCCGCCUCCGCUCCAUCGCAGUCAGGAGUUUCCACGCAAACCCCUGGAGCCGUUUCACCUGCACUCCUUCCCAAAGGAGGCAGUGUUCAUGGGCAACGGAGAGCAGUACAUCUGGAAGCCCCCAGAGGAAGAGGACAUCAUCACCUUACACCCGCCUCCACUCCGCGGAGAGAAUGGACAGGGGCACCCGUCACCCCCAACCGCAAAGGAGAUUGCAGACACCUACUCUAUCGUGUGUAAAAACCAGAAGAAGAAACCUAUGGAAAACAACGGAUCAAAGACCCUCCCGCGCUCCUUUGGUGGAGACCGAAAUGCUUCCCGGGGCCGAGGCCGAGGAGUCCAGGGCCAGGCGCGUUCCCAGGAGGAGCCCUGCUAUGAGCCGGUAGGAGAUAGGUCCUGGUCCACAUGUGCCAUGGCCGAGCCUGACCAUGCGUACGCUACUAUUGACCCCCAUCGGAAACGUGAGCAGGCGGCAACCAAUAACAGCACAGCUGGGGGUACUGCCACGCUGAAGAGGAAGAAGCAGACGCCGCAGCAGCAGGCAGCACCAGUGGCACCUCAGGGCUCAGGACCCGCCAGCCUUCCUGCCAGAGGCCUUCCCGGUGGGGAAAACUUCUAUGAGACCAUCAGCGAUGUGAAACAAGGGGCCAACAGCUCCAGCACCACCACCAUCUUCACCUUCAACGAUGGGAUGGAGAUGUAUGUAACUGGCCUGUAGCUGGCUGAGGGCCCACUGGUACAGAGUCAUGAAAGGGACCCUCCUGUUCACUGGCCAACAGGUUGUUGUACAUAGAUACAAGGCCCUAUACAGACAAACAACAUGAGAAUCCAUUUUGUGAUGACAUCAGGUACAAACAGGGUCUUAAUCCAGGUUCAGACUUCCUUUGAUUGGUCUGUACUUCAGAACCAGCCUAAGCCUAGUCCACCCCAAAUAUGGACCAAAUACAUUUUAUCUAAAAAAAAAAAAAAGAAAAAAAGAAAUCUGGAAUAUACAUCUUCACCUGUGUCACUGACCAUACUCACCUGUUUGUGCAUCAUUUUCCAUAAUAUCUUUAUUUUUAUAUGAACACUGUACUCUUUAAAGAGUAUGUGGUGUAACUCACAACUUUUAAUAUAUAUGGAAAAAAAUAAUGUGCAUGUAUUGUGCAAACUCACCUGAAAAAAAAAAAAACAGUAGUGGCAAGGAAACUGGGUGUGUUAGGAGUAUGAGGCACACUGUUAGCUAUUGUCACCCAUAUACACAGACACACACACACACACACACACACACACACACGAGCCUCAUCUUCAGGAGACCUAUGUAAUAUAAGCAGAUGGAUGUCACAGAGAUUUGCGGUACUUAGCUCUCCCUCAGCAAACAUCUGAAACAGGUUCUCUGUGCGCGCUGGCUGGAUGCCCGGCAGACAGAAUGGUGGUGCUUUGUUCAAACAUGGGCCUAGAAUUUGUAGGCCUGCUACACAGAAGUAAUUGAAGGCUCUAGCCCCCCAUUUCACAAUAAACCAUCGAUGUGUCUUAAGCUUAUCGGCAGUUAUCAGCCCUCGUGAUGACUAUAAACGCUGACUUUUGAUAAUAUCACCUUCGCAUAAAUUAUUAGAUUAGUCAACAAACCAUGCUCAGAUUCGACAGACAUCUGCAGCCAGAGGCACAAUGACACAUCCCGACACACACCCCCAUAUCCCCCCACACACACAGAUACACUCAUACUUGGCACAGUCAUGCAAGGUAAAGCAAUCAGGUCAGGGACAUCGAGUGGGUUGUACAAGAAUUCCCCAAGAGUGAUAUGGGUGGCCAAUUUCACAAUGCAAGACCUUUACUGUAUUACUAUUAACAAAUAUAUUAUACAUAUGAUUAAUAAGAGGAAGUGUGUUCCUUUAUAUUCUAAAAAAAAAAUAGGGAGUGAAAGAGUGUUGAAACAAAUAUGGGAUGCUUCAUCCUGUGCAGUUACUAUGUCAUGUCCUUUGGGCACUGUAAACAUGUGAUUUUAUGACCAUUGUAAUUUUGCACUGGACAGCUGCAGGGUUGGCUUAAUUACGCAUUAACAUGCUGUAUAGGGCGUUUCUGAGCACAGUUCUGAUUCGCUCUCAGGUCUCAAGUCAAAGCCAGAGCGCCGCGCAGCUCGUCAGACUUACGUCUGGUGGUUGAAAUAGCAACAGAGGGCUCGGACUCCAAGGAAAAUAAAGAGCUGGGCAUAAAAAUUACUAGCGAGUGUCUUUUGGAAGGUUGCCUCUCACCCGUUCCCCACCCUUGUCUCCAGCCUCUGCUCCGAGUUCUCUUCCAUUACAAACAACAUCUUUCCCAUGUAGCUUUGGGAACAAAAAGGAGAGGAAGAAACGAAAAACAUUAGAUGCUUAAUAAAUGGGCAUAAAGAUAAGAGGCGAAGAGGGAUGCAAACUGCUCACAGGCCGAGAGAUGAAGGGUGCAUUACAAUGAUCUCACUGUGAGACAACCAUGCAAAGAGAAGACGGGUUUAGAAAGGUUAGUAUCAAAAAAUGUAUAAAUGCUACUGUGUCAGGAAGUAUGUAAAAACAAAUGCACUCUGUAUUUUAAUGCACUGUUUAUUUUUUCUUACCUACUGACAAUACCAUUGGUUUAAAAAGCUCAUGCCACUGCCAUGAAAAACGAAUAUGUUUAUGUUGUUGGUGCAAUUUUUUCCUGCUUGAUCAAAAAAAAGUGCAUGCUUUAAUAUAUGGAGAUGAAAACAAAUAUUGUGGUACUUAAUUGAUCUCUUGUUAAUCUUUUCUGUUGUACUUUUUUUUUCUUUCUUCCAUGUGAUGCAAAGCAGCAGUCAGUUUUUCCAAAGUCACAACUUGGAGGAGGAGGAGGAGGAGGAGGAGGAGGAGGAGGAGGAAAGAGAAGUAGAAAAUAGAGAGAGAAGCCGCUGGGAGUUUUAAGGCAGAGCGUUGUUUAUCCUCGGCUCUGGGGGAGAGAGAGAGCGAUGGAGGUGAGGGGGAAGAGGAGGAACAGCUAGUAUAAAGCUCGACGGGGAUCACUGCGAAUGGACACAGACCCAAAGGACCCUCCUCCUUCUGAUCUGUUUUUACGUGCGCGAGCACACACACACACACACACACAACACACAACAUCGAGCAAUGUGCAUUUAGGGGAUGGAGCACACUUUGCUUCCACUUGGUCAGCCCUUGCUUAUACUCCCUCCCCCAGCUGUGUUCAUCCUCUAAUAACCGACACAGACUUCUCUUUUCUCUGCUUCACCUCUCUCCCUCGCAGUUCAGGGGAGGGGCCUUUGAUGUCCAGUUCUGAGGGGCUCAGGGAGUGAUAUGAAGGGGCUGGGGCGGCGGGGGUGGGGGGCUGGAGGGGGCGGGGGUCAGGCCAACCCCAGGCUGAUAUCAACAAUGCACCAACGGCUCAACUACUGCCCGAUAUGAAAAAUGGCUAACAGCUGAGGUGCUUAACAAGCUCUGUUGAGGCUUCCCUUAGACAAUGCUGGCUGGAAAUCGCUAUCACACUUAAUCCUUUUUCUCUGGCUGUCACUUUAUGUGUCACAUUUUCUUUAUCCUUAGAGAAAAGCACUGAUCUGAUAUAUUUUGUCGAACACUGUUACACACUGAAUCGAGACAGAUGUUCAUCGCACAAACAAAUACAGUAUGAUGAUGUAAAUGUGUAAAAUAUUCAAAUGUUGCUGUUCUGAUGUUGUUCCAAUGUAACAUACAGUAUACAGUAUAUUUGUUGCAAAAAAAAAAGAAAAAAGAUGGUUAUCACAGACACAUUGUACUUUGUGGAUGCAAAAAAUGUUUUCAUGCUUUCCAUGCAGAUACAGAUGCUGUUUGUUAAUUGUCUUCAGAUAUAAUUAUGGGCCAAUACUGCUGUGACAGCUGUAGCUAAUGUUGUAUGUUCUUAAAGCACAGGGUUUAGUUUAAAAAAUAAAUAAAUAAAUAUAAUAAAAUAUAGUGUGAAAGUGCAGAUAUGCAAAAGAUUGUAAUGUUUUAUAUUAACCUUCAUAAAAUAUUAAAGUGAGUUUUUACUUUUCUAAUAAAGUGGCACAUUAUAACGUG